AUGUCACCUGCAUAUAGGGCGCGUAAGUCUCGUUUUACUUUCACUUUCGGUUUCGGACUUCCGGGUACAUCAUCGCCAUUUAUGAAAAUGGUGUAUUGUUAUGCUUUUGGCUGUACGCAUCGCACUGGGGGCAGACAGGCUUGUGGAAUCUACAGGUUUCCGACUAAUGACAAGGACCGAAAGAAAUGGAUUGUCAGAUGCAGACGGGCAGACAGGCCAUAUAACAGCAACGACCGGAUAUGUAGCUGUCAUUUUGUUGAUGGGAAGAAGGAGAAUGGUCCAACCAUCUUCAGCUUCAGUAAAGAUGUUGUCAGCCUUCCAGACCUACCAACCCCAACAAGACGUAAAAAACGCAAAGUGGAAGAGGCUGUGGAACCAGAAAUUGACGUUCCUGAUACAGCCACUGGCAGCAACCAUGACCAUAGCUACAUAAAGCAGCCAUUGUCAGAAAUGGAUGAUAUGGGAGGCUCUACAGCGUGUUCAACUGUUCCACAGCUGGAGGAGCAGAUUGCAGAGUUAGAGAAUGAAAUCAAAACUCUUAAACUAUGCUGUUGUACACGUCAUUCCCAACAGAUGUUUUUUCAAGUGCUGGCGAGCAUGGUUCAGAGGAUGGCCCUAUUCAAUUAUUAUGCUGGUUGGACAGUCACAUGCUUUAGCAUUCAGGAUCAACUUCUGAUGGCUUUGAUGAAACUACGGUUGAAUUGUAAGGACCUAGAUUUAGCUGUCCGGUUCAAUACCAGCAGGGCAACUGUGUCUAACGUUAUCAACACCUACAUAUCUGUAUUGCAUGAAAUAUUACAUGAUGGUGUUUUAAAGGCAGUAGGAAUUCCAAGCCAGCUGAAAUGCAAAGGCUUCAUGCCAAAAUCAUUUGAAGAUUUCACCUCUGCUAGAAUCGCUAUGGAUGCUACAGAAAUCAUACAAGAUGUGCCAUCAGAUAUGAACAGUCAGUCGCUGUCUUACAGCAGCUACAAAAGCAGACACACUGUGAAGGCUGUAACCUGUGUUGCUCCAAAUGGUGCACUUGUUUACAGUUCAGAUUUAUACCCAGGUUCCACAUCCGAUGAUGCAAUUGUCGAACAUUGUCAUGUUCUAGACCAGCUUCAGCCUGGAUAUCUAAUUCUAGCAGACAAAGGAUUUAAUAUAUUUGAUAAACUUCCAGCUGGUGUUUCAUUAAUAUUCCACCAUUUUUAUCCAGUAAAGGACAUUUUACUAAGGAAGAGGCUGAAUUGUGUUUCAAAAUAG